GGCUCAUCGCUUUACGUGCACGAGUGGAAUGUUCCCUCUACACAGAGGCACAACUACAGAGAAAAGAACGAAAGAAACUAGAGAAAAACGUCCACGAAACCAGGAGAAAAUCUCACCACAGAAAGUGUCCAUAAUUCACGUUUUGAAGUAGACCUUCGUCACGACUCAUAAAUCCUAAUUUGGAAGGAUUUUGAGUUGAAUUAGCGGCUUUAUCUAAAAGGUACUCACGGGAGUUUUUGGCUUUACCUUGAGAUACAGCACCAGCUUCUUAAUACUGACACUCAUGAGUACCCCGGAUCAUGAUGUACUGCCACACUUGCUACCCUGUGAGGGUCUUAAACAAGAGGAGGCUGUAAAGAGGCCUUGAAGUCGUCUUCAUACUCGCAUACUCUUCCUCAGUCUACUCGCGUUCAUCGCUAAUUGGUCACUUCGUUGUCUUAAAAGUGGCAGAGUACAACACAACCAAGACAGCCAUACAUCGUUGUAUCCAAGCCAACAUCAUGAAAAGCACCUCCAUGGUCGUCGUGUUUGCCGCUUUGGGAGCUGCCGUCCUCCUCUCACUGCCAGCUGAGGGUGGGCAGAACCCAGAUUACAUGCUUCACGGCACUGGGGUCAAGCCCGGAUCGGAUCCAAAGAGACCCCAGACUGGGGACGGUUCCACCGUGGCCCCCGAGGAUGCUGCCCGCUUCCUUAGCUGCUAUUGCUCGAUCCACUGCCCCGAAGAUGCCACAAACAACACCUGCGAGACGAACGGCCAGUGUUUUGCUAUCGUAGAGGAGGAUGAGCACGGCGAGGCUAUCCUCACCUCCGGCUGCAUGAAGUACGAGGGCUCCCACUUCCAGUGCAAGGACUCUCCUAAUGCUCAGCCCAGACGGACCAUUGAGUGCUGUUCCACAGAUUUCUGUAAUAGAGACCUUCAGCCCACACUUCCACCUCCUAUUCCAGGAAAGCCUCAGUUAUGGAACGCCCACUUGCUGGCAUUUCUGAUCUCCGUGACAGUGUGUUGCUUCACUUUGGUGGUCAUAACUGUGGUGUGUUACUACAGGUAUAAGCUACAGACGGGACGGAGGCGGUACCAAAGAGAUCUGGAGCAGGAUGAGGCCUUCAUCCCAGUAGGAGAGUCUCUCAAAGAUCUUAUUAGUCAGUCAAGCACUGGCUCUGGUUCAGGGCUCCCCCUGCUGGUCCAGCGCACCAUCGCUAAACAAAUUCAGAUGGUACGUCAAAUCGGAAAGGGUAGGUAUGGAGAAGUGUGGCUCGGUCGCUGGAGAGGAGAAAAGGUGGCGGUGAAAGUGUUCUUUACCCGUGAAGAGGCCAGUUGGUUCAGAGAGACCGAGAUUUACCAAACUGUGCUCAUGAGACACGAGAAUAUACUCGGCUUUAUAGCUGCAGAUAUUAAGGGCACGGGGGCAUUCACUCAGCUUUUCCUCAUCACGGACUACCAUGAGAACGGCUCUCUCUAUGACUAUCUGAAAUACACCACCCUGGACACACAGGCUCUGCUGAGGCUGGCCUACUCUGCAGCCUGUGGCCUGUGCCACCUCCACACAGAGAUCUACGGCACACAGGGCAAACCUGCCAUCGCUCACAGAGACCUAAAGAGCAAAAACAUCCUCAUAAAGAAGAAUGGCACCUGCUGCAUUGCUGAUCUGGGCCUGGCUGUGAAAUACAACAGUGACACCAAUGAGGUGGAUGUCCCUCUGAGCACAAGGAUGGGAACACGGCGGUACAUGGCACCAGAGGUCCUGGAUGAGACCCUAAAUAAGAACCAAUUCCAAGCGUACAUAAUGGCUGAUAUUUACAGCUACGGUCUCAUUGUUUGGGAGAUGGCCCGCAGAUGCGUGACAGGAGGAAUUGUUGAGGAGUAUCAGUUGCCAUACUGGGACAUGGUACCUUCAGAACCGUCCUAUGAGGACAUGAGGGAAGUGAUAUGUGUUAAAGGCAUGCGGCCAGUGGUGUCUAAUCGCUGGAACAGUGACGAGUGCUUACGGGCCAUGCUAAAGCUUAUGUCUGAGUGCUGGGCCCACAACCCAUCCUCUCGCCUCACUGCUCUUCGAGUCAAGAAAACACUUGCCAAAAUGGUGGAAUCACAGGAUAUCAAAAUAUGAUCAGUUUUCCCUCCAUAUGCCAGUCUGAGAUAUAUCAUGGAGAUGUUUAUGCUCAAUUUAUGAACUAUUGCCUCAAUUCCUAGACAGACCUGUGGGAGCGCUGCUGAGCAGAACAUUUGCCUCCCUGUCUGGCUGUAAUUCCUCGUCCCGUUGCAGUUAUGCUCUUAGUGUCAUGUAGCACCCUCUGCUGGACAGUAUGUGCCAUAACGCAUCCACGAGGAAGUAAGGACAACUGUUCAACAGGCAUCAGUACUCACACCAUCCCCAUCGCCACCAUUUUUCCUUCUUCAGACACUCUUAUAUACUGGGAGAGAAUUGAAGAGCAUAUGGUGCUUUCUGUGAAAGCUGUGUAAUACAAUACAUUUGUAUGGAGGAGUGGCAAGGUGGCACCAUUUGCCAUGGGAGCACAGUAAUGGAGCCAUUUGGGAGAAGGCUUGAGGCUCUGUUAUUGACUGACUUGAGAGGUGGACAUAUUUGGGGUGAUAUUUGGACCGAACCAGCCAUAUGCUUGGGAUGUGCUCCAGUAUGGCUAGUGUCAAAAUGGUCACUCUGCAUUUGGACCAUGUGCAGUUGUG